AUGUUCAAAUUAAUCGGUCUGCUCGGCUUGGUCGGUGUCCUAAAUGGCCAGAAUCUUGAAUUUGGAGAUAAGGUGAGCAUGUCAACCGGCUGACGUCACAUUUAAAUAUUUAAUGAGAGUGUAACAGAGCAAAAAGGAUGAAAUAUCAGCCAUGAUGACCUGUGUUUUCAGCUGUACCCCGACUCGCCUUACAUUGACCUCAUCUCCCGAGAUAUGGAGCACUUCCAGGGGCCAUUGGGAUUCGGAAACAAGUUCAUGACAGGUCUGCUGCUUUACAAUUUGUAUUUUGGAUAUAUGACCUUGUUUUAGAUGGCUUUAGAUAGUUAAAAAACCAAAAAAUCAUCUGAUUUUUUUAUUAAAAGAUCAUAUAAUUUUUAUCUUAUAAAGUAAGAGUGUUAUAGGUGGAGCCGGCGAAGGAGACCAACAACUUCGACCGGAGGACUCGUUCGAGCAUCGCGAGCAAGUCAAGAGCGACAAUGUUCUGCCCGCUUACUGCGAGCCCCCGAACCCGUGCCCGGUCGGAUAUUCGGCCGAACACGGAUGUCUGGAGGAAUUCGACAACAGCGCCGAGUUCUCCCGCAACUACCAGGCCCAACAACAAUGCCUCUGCGACCAGGAGCACAUGUUCAAGUAGGACUUUUUUUAUUUUAUUUUAGUUGAAUUUAGAGGGUGCAGAUUGUAAUUAAAUUGGUUUAGCUGCCCUUCCAAGAACACCAACGAAUUCGGGGACAAUCUGGACGAUAUGUUGGAGAAGAACGGCCUUCAUAAGAGCAUGAUCGCCAAGAAAUUCCACGAGAAACGGUCCGAGGUGAGACUUGUUUGGCUUUCUCUCAAGUUUAGAAACAUUUGACGUCCAAUUUUAAACUCGCGUUUUACCUUGAACACCUUCAAAACUCCCUCUAAUUUGGGCAAGUUUCAGUUCGAAGAGCCCCGUCGCCGCAAGCGCUCCGUGGCCUUCAAGCCGAACCCAUAUCUGCAGGGCGAGAUCCUGCACAGUGUGUCCAAGAAGGAUGGGCGUCGCUUGUAA